AUGAAAAAAGAUAAAAUAAAGGAAAAAUACAUAAAACUUUUGUUCAAUGAAGUAGAAAAUGAAAAAUUAGAAGAAUAUUUUGAAAAUUACGAAUAUAAUUUUGCUUCAAUAAAUUGCGACAUAUACGUUUUUAAUAAAAAAUUUUAUAAAUUAAAAAACUUUAAUGAAAAUCUUAAGAAAGAGCUAUUGCUAUAUUUAUUUAGGUUUAAUUUUUAUGUUCCUAGGAUAAUUAGACGAAUUAUAUUCAAAAGACUAUUAAUACAUGAUGAGAGUAAAGACACAGCGAAUUUUAAUUACAAAGUGUACCUUUUGUUAUCUUUUUUGAAAAACCCAAACAUAAAUGAGGCAACUCAAAAAACAGUUGACUUAGACGUAUUCAGGACAAGAAUUGAUAAACAAAAUGAAAAAGCAAUUUAUUUUUUUAACAUUUUUUUAAACUAUGCUUGUAGCCACUUCCAAUUUAAAUAUAAACAGGGGCUAAACGAAGUUUUAGCCUUGUUUUUUUAUCUGAAGGGAAAAUGCUUUAAUAUGAUUGACGUUUAUUUUUGUUUCCAAAAUUUUGUGCAAAGAUUUUUGAAAGAGUUUUACUAUGAUGAUGAAUUUUUUUUUCUUCAAAUAUCUUUUUAUUUGUUUAAAAUAUUAAUUAAAUAUCACGAUCCUGUAUUGUCAGAAAUUCUUGAGAAUAAUAAAAUGAACCCAGAAAUAUACGCAGCAUCAUGGUUUCUUACUUUGUUUGCAUCUAAGAGUAAUCUUGAGAUUUUGAAUUCAAUAUAUUUGAUAUUUCUUCUUGAGCGCAAUCCAUUUUUUUUCUUUUUCUUUUCUUUGGCAUUAUUAAUUUUACAUCGAAAUGUAUUUAUAUACGUCGAUAGUUCAAAUUUGCCCGAGUUGUUGAGCAAGAUAAACAUUUUUGAUAAAAUUUUUUUGAAAAAAGUAUGGUCAUUAGGAAAAUAUUUGGAAAAAAAUACUCCUGUAUCCUUUACCCAUAAAUUGUUUUUUAUAAAAAACAUUUUAAUAUACUUGACAAAUGAGAAUUCCGCAGAAAAUUAUCAUAAAAAAAAUAAUUUGCUGAAUUUUUUAAAAUCGAUUGACUAUAUGUCUAUUAAUUCGUAUGAAAUAAUUAAAAAUAUAUCUUCAAGAAACAGUAAUUACAUAUUCCUUGACAUAAGGCCAAAUAGACAUUUUAAAAAAUUUCAUUUUAAAAAUUCAAUAAACAUAGAUUUUGAGAAUAACUAUGAGAAUAUUUUAAGAAGAAGUAUGAAGAUAAAAAAAAAAAAAAAAAAAAAGGAAAAUAAAGUACAGAAAAAUAAUUCGUAUAUAUGGUAUAUUUUAAAAAAAUAUGAUAACCAUGAAAUUGGAUAUAAUUAUUUAUUACUGUUUUCAUUUUUAUUGUGCUCAAAAUAUAAUAAAAAGAUAAACAUAAGUUAUGAUGAUAAUAUUAUAUUAAAAAAAAUAUCCAACCAAGUAGCCUCAAAAAGUAAUGAUCUCAUCUUUGAUACAUUAAAAUGGAAGAAUAAAAUGCAAAGAAAUAAAAAACAACGGAAUAAUAAUAUGUCAAAAAGAAUGAGUGAAAUAAAAUUAAAAGAAAUUAACAAAAGAGACAAUGUAAAUAAUGGGGAUAAUAAGAAAAAGAAGAAAGAAGAAAAUACUGAAAAUGGUAACAUAUUACAUUUGGAAGAAAAUAAAGUUGUGGAUCUUAAUUUAUUUUUUUUCAAUUUAUAUAAAAAUCAAAAAUACAAUUCGAGACAAAAUAAAAUGAUAAAUAUUGAUAAUAAUAGUAGAAAAAAAGGAAUUAAUAAAAAUGGUCCAGUAAAAAAUAUAUUAGAACCUUUGAAAUAUAUAAAUAUAAUAAAUUAUAUACGUGAAAAAAAAGUAAAAGAUUUAAAAAACUACUACUCAGAUGAUGAUACAAUAGUUGAUAAAUUUUCUUUAACAUGUUAUCAUGUUAAAAAACGGUUAAAUGAAAAAAUCGAAAAAGGAAAUAAAAAAAAAGGAAAAAAAAUAUCAGCACCCAUAAAAAGGGAGGAAAAUACACACAAUGAUUCAUUAGUUAAUAUUUUUAGCACAUAUAAAAAUGAUAAAAAUAGUGAAAUCUGCAAACAAAAAAAAUGUUUUAAAAACAAUGAAAAAAAUAGUAUUAAUGAUGAAGAAAAUGAUGAUACUAAUUAUAGAAGCAAUAGCCGUUUCAGCAAUUUCACAUCUUCGGGAUCAAAUAGUGAACAAAAGAAGAGUAAUGGAAUGGUUGACUCUAAAUUAAAUAUAAGCUCAUAUAGUUUAUAUGUUUUAAUAAAAGAAAAGGUUUUAAAAUAUGAAGAAGUGUUAAAGGUUCAAUUUGAAAAUAUAUUAAGUUCAGAUAAGGAAAUAUUAAUAGUAUAUGAUGAUGAUUUAAAUAAUUCUAAAUAUGUAAGAACAUUUUAUUAUUAUUUAUUAUAUACAUAUAAAAUGAGAAAGGUAUCAAUAAUUGAAGGUGGUAUAAACUCUUAUCAUACUUUAAUUAAAAAUGAUAGUUUUUUUAAACAAAUAGAAAAAAAUACUAUAAAUGGAAGAGUUGUAGAUGAUACUAUUGAAAAUAAUAAUUAUGAAGAUCAUUUAAAUUUUUAUUUAAAUUAUUAUAAUUUUUUAAAGGAUGAGAAUGUGUUACAAUAUUGUUUCCAUCAAUCUAAUGCUUGCUAUUUAUGUAAAGCCCCAAAUAUUCCCAAAAAAUUUAUAGAUGAUUUUUUUUCUGAAAUAUAUAACGAUUAUCCUAUAUUUGAAGAGGUGUAUUAUUUUCUUACUUGUGAAAAUAUUUGCAUAAAUUUGUUGUCAUUUUAUGAUUUAAUAAUGAGAAAAAAAAAAACAGAAAAAAUCAAAUGUGAUAAAAAAAAUAAUUCAGAUGGCGCUUUAUCUCAUUUUUCAAAAAUAUUUAAUUAUAUAAAAAAAAAAAAAGAAUCAAAUUCAUUGUCUAUGCCUCCAUCGACUUGGAUAAAAGAUGGUGUCUCUUGUAAUGUAGAUGUUGAAAAAGAUGAUAGAUCAUUUUUUUCUAACAAAAAAAAUAGUUUCUUGACAAAUAAAAAUUAUUUUAGUUUAAAUUAUUAUUUAGAUUAUUAUUAUAAUAAAAAGGGAAAAACUGAUUUUCCAUAUGACCCAGAAAAUCGGCAUAAUGAAUAUGAAAAUGAAAUAAAUAAAAGUGAAACAAAUAAAAAUGAAACAAAUAAAAAUGAAAUAAAUAAAAGUGAAACAAAUAAAAGUGAAACAAAUAAAAGUGAAACAAAUAAAAGUGAAAUAAAUAAAAGUGAAAUAAAUAAAAGUGAAAUAAAUAAAAGUGAAAUAAAUAAAAGUGAAAUAAAUAAAAGUGAAGAUAUAAGGAAUACGGGUACGUAUUAUAAUUUACGUGAAAAAAUGAAUGAAAAAAAUUUAUAUGAUCAUGAAGAAAACAAAAAAAAAAGUGACGAUAAAAUUAAUUUGGUUGAUAUAUAUGCCCAUCGAAAUAGUAGAAAUGACGAAAUGGAUAAUAAAUAUGUGGAUCAAAAUAAAAAUGGGAAUGAACAAAUUGAUGGAGAGAUGAGAAAAUGUUUUUCACUUGAAGAAAAUUCAGUAAAUGAAAAAAUAAGGAAUUUUUCAAUGUUUACAAAUAGUAUUAAUAAAAAAAAUAUUACGAAUUUUGAUACAUACAACAUAUAUUCAUACAUAGAUGUAGUUUGUUAUAGUAGUUUGUUAGAGAAAUGUAGUGAUGAUAAUGAUAAAGAUGAAAAGAUAUAUUAUGAAGGAAAUUUGAAAAAAAAAAAUAGUUGCAAAAUUUUCAACUGUUUCAUAAAUUAUGUAUAUCAACCAAUAAUACCCCAUAAUAUACGAUCAAAUAACAUUAUUAACAAUUUUGUUGAAUAUGUUAAAUAUUAUAAAAGUAGUAUAUCUAAUAUAAAUAAUAACAUAUCUACGGAUCCAAAUUUAUAUUUAAAUUGCAACAAACUUGAUUCAAAAUUAUUUUUAAAUAUUCCUUAUUUUCCUUAUUCAUAUUUUAGGCAACCAAAAUAUUUAUAUUAUAAAGAUAACAAAAAACAAUCUAUUGAAAAAGAAGAUACUUCCUUUAAAAGGAAUAGCAAUAGUAUUAGUGUAAAUUAUGAUAGUAAGAAUAUUUUAGAAAACAGUGAAGGAACAUAUAUUAAUGAUUCAGAUUUCCAAAAUUCAAAAGCAUACAAUGAUUUAUUAAAUAAUUCUAUAUUAAAUAAUACGUGGAUAAAAAACAAACCCGAUUUAUCAUUAUGUAAACUUAUGAUAUAUGAUAAUUUGUUAAUUCUUUAUGGGGCCCCAUAUAUAUGUGAUACAGAUGUUAUAGUGAGAAAUUUGAAUGAAAUUUCUGUUACUGAAUCUGGUAUGCAUGAUAAGAAGAAGUGGAAUUUAUGUAAUAAAGAAGAUGGCGAUAAUAAUUUGAGUAACAAUUUGAGUAACAAUUUGAGUAAUAGUAUAGUAUCAUCAGAAAUUAAAAAGAGAAAUGAAGAGAAAGAAAAUAUAUUCAACAAUUUAGAUAUAGGAAGUAAAAACUUUUUGAAAGAAAAUGAAAAAUACCGAAAUAAAAAAGGAGAUAAAAACAUAUAUUUAAAUAGUUGUGAUGAUAAACUAGAAAAGAUAAUAAUACAUAAAUAUAAAGAUUUGAAAAAAAAAGAUGUUUUAUUUAAUAUUGAUUGCUACAAACUAAAUAGUAUAGAUAUAAAUUGGGCAAGUAUGUCAAAUCAUAUAUUUCAUAGUAUAACAAAUGAACAUAUAUCUGAUAUAUAUAAUUAUUACCAAUCUUAUUUUAAUUUAUCAAAAAGUAAUAUGUCAAGCAAAGAAAUUAUUUAUUCUUCAAGUUCUUUGUCCAGUAGUAAUUUGAUAUCAUAUAUACCUGAUGAUCAGGAUUAUUCUUUUUCGGAUUAUCAUAAUUUAUAUACAAAAAAUUUAAAAGAAAAAAAUAAUUUAAAUAAAACUGAAAUAUUUCAUUACAAAAAUGUAAAAAUUGAUGCAGUUAAUAUUUAUGCUAUAUUUGAUAUACGUUCUAUUUACAAAAUCACGACCAAACGCAUGUUGGGAAAAACUCUCUAUUUCUAUUUCAAGAUUAAUGAGAGCACCCCCUUGAUGGCCUUAAAUUUUGAAAACGAUGCGGAGAUGCAAUCGUGUGUUUGCUCAGUUAAAGAAGUUCACACAAUACUUUCCAAAGAACAAAAAAUAAACUAA